AUGGAUGGACUUAGCUGUCAAGUCCCAAAUCUGUCAGGGGGAAGUGUAUCCCCUUCGGUGCCAAUGCUCCUAGCCACUGAUGAGGAAUGUGACCGCCUAAGAAUGGCUAUGGUCGUUAGUCAGGAUGCUGCUGUCGUCCAUUCUUUGCUGGAAUUCUGCCUUCCUACAGAAGAAGAGAAGGUUAGAUUUUUGACUACGCAAUUUCGCUGA